GAGCCCGUGAAGUGCGUUUUAGAAUGAUUACUGGUGGCCAACGGAGAGACAGAUUAUACGGCUCUACACAACUGUUGUUUUAAUCCCCUGAGCGAGGAGAUUUAGCAAAGAAAAAAAAAACACUGGUUUUAAACCCAGCAGCCAUAUUGUAUGGAAAAACGACGGGAAGACCCCUCUUUUCCGAAAAAGUGUUCUUCUCAGACACCUCUGUCAAGACAUCUGGGGAGUUUGAUUUUCUUUCUAACUGGCGGCGGGUUUGUGUCGGACAGCUAGCCUGCCAGCUGGCUGAGGAAUUCAGAGGUCGGGACUUGUUUUUGAGCCAUUUUACACAAUAUUGUGCUCAUCUUUUUUUGGCGUGAAGGUGUGAAACUAACCGUCUGAAAGAUGAAGGACCGAUUGGAGCAGCUCAAAGCGACGUGUGAUCAAGAUGACGACGAGGUGGAGAUUGCUAUUGACAACGCCGCCUUCAUGGACGAGUUCUUCUGUCAGAUCGAGGACAUCAGGAACAGCAUUGAUAAGAUUGAUGAGAAUGUGGCUGAAGUCAAAAAGCUGUACUCGGUCAUCCUGUCUGCUCCCACAUCAGAUCAGAAAACACAGGAUGACUUGGAGGCAAUCACCAAUGACAUAAAGAAGAUGGCCAACAAUGCAAGAAACAAACUCAAGACCAUCGAGAGGAAUCUGGAGUCAGAGGAGCAGGAGAGGGUGUCGGCUGACAUGCGGAUACGUAAAUCACAGCAUGCAGUGCUGUCCAGGAAAUUUGUGGAGGUAAUGACGAAGUAUAAUGAAGCCCAGGUGGACUUCAGGGAGAGGAGUAAAGGACGGAUUCAAAGACAGCUAGAGAUCACUGGAAAAGCAACGACAGACGACGAGCUGGAGGAGAUGUUGGAGAGUGGAAAUGCUGCUGUGUUUACUGCAGGGAUUGUGGACUCUGGGAUCUCUAAACAAGCCCUGAGCGAGAUCGAAUCCAGACACAAAGACAUCGUCCGUCUGGAGAGCAGCAUCAAGGAGCUGCACGACAUGUUUGUAGACAUCGCCAUGCUGGUGGAGAGCCAGGGUGACAUAGUAGACAACAUAGAGCAGAAUGUGUCCAAGUCAGUGGACCACAUAAUGGUGGCAAAGGAACAGACCAAAAAAGCUGUAAGGUACCAGACCAAAGCACGCAAGAAAAUGGUGAUAAUAGUGGUGAUUGUGGUGGUCUUGCUGGCCAUAAUAGCUCUCAUAAUCGGUUUGUCAGUGGGAUUGAAGAAGAGCUGAUGAGCUGUUUGUAUAGGAGGAGAGCUAAGGAAGAUGAUCAUUAUUGGUGUGUGCUGUGCCGUGGUUGUUCUCAUCAUCGUCAUCGUCAUCAUCACGCAGACGGUAUAACAGGACUGCUGUCUCAUUGCCACCACCAGUUUAUUUUUUUCAUCCUCCACACCAUCCUGUCCUCCAUCAGGUGGCCCACCAAAGACAAAAACUGAUGAUCACUCCAUGUGGAUACAAUGACAUUCAAUCUGCAGAUGUUCAACUCGUCAAUUAAAAAAAGGGUCUAUUGUUUGACCUAUGAGGAAAAAGAAGGCUUACAAGACUUGUAAUAGUCAUAAAAACUUUUUGUCCAAUCAGAUCAUCCCUUCCUGGCCUGUGCGGGUCUGUUUGGCCCCGCCAGUUUGAGGAUGCUCCACUGCAAAAUGAGGAAAUGAGACUGAAUCUGUCAGAGGUACAAUACCUGUCGAAUCUCUGCGGAGGGGAAAAGGGAAUUGAAAAUUAACUGAUAUCUACGUCACUCCGGUGCCACUAAACAUUUCAUUGUUCAACACUCGGUGCCAAAGAAUCGGCCUGGAAGUGAGUGUCAUCUGAAGGUUUCACAUCACCUCCUGUUUCAACAUGUUGUGCCUUUAUUGAGCCUUGACACAUUUUGUGAUUUGAAAAGCUAGCUACUGUUUGUUCAGUGUAUUGGAUUAUGUUGGGUUUAGGGAGUUCCAGCACUUUCACAUGUCAAAGUAUGUCUUAUUUCUGUAAUUAACUGCACCAUCGUGUAAAUAAUUGAAUUAUUUGCGUGUUAUCAAUGUCUGUUUUUUAACUUGAAGAGGACCGGUGUUCUCACUUAUGAUUCUUCAGUUUAGAGAGCCCAAGUGGCUUUGAUUUUUUUUUUUUUUCUUUUAAAUGUGAAGGAUGGUGGAUGGAAACACAUUUCAUGGACAGGUGGAGCUAAGAUGAGCAAAAGCAGACAGGCUAGGAGGAUAAACACACAUUCCUUGCUUGAAGAUUUAUCUAACCACUGCAACAUCUGAGAGAAAAGCCAGAAUAUUUGUUUUGUAUCUCUGCAAAACCUGUUCCAGUGUUAACCACCUUGACCUUUUACAUGGUUGUUUCCUUUGUUUAAAUGCUGUAAAAACACGACGUUUUAAUGCCAAAGGGUGGAAAGAUAGUAACACUAGCCUUUUCCACAUUAGUACCAAAAUAGUCAAUGUAUUUAUUAUACUUUCUGAUGCUAAUAAAGUCGCCCAUACGUGGUGAGAUGUAAAUGGACACUCUAGCAUACAGUAAAGUCUCCCUGACUGGUGGCUCUUUACUAGUGUGAGAUGCAUUUCCUGGCAUAGUUUAGGUCUCAUAGUAUUUCUACUUUACAUACACAAAUCAGUUGCUAGUUUAGAAAGUAGUGCAUUCUAAUACAGCAGCCCUGCAAUAAAUCCUGUAUCCGUCAAUGUGAAUAAUGUGCUUAAAGUCAUUUAGUCAUUUAAACAGUUUAAAAUUAAAGGGACAUUGCACAAUAACAACAUGUCUGUAAAUUUGCCAGUUUAGCCAUCCUGGCUAAUUUUGUGCAGGUAUAACAACUAAUAAACUAACAAAUUGGAGGCUGAUUAUCACUGAUACAAGCAAACUAUCAGAAAACACCUCCCAGUAUAGCUGUUUAUAAUUCAACCUAACAACUGAGUACAACCUCCAUACUGAUCAUGAGGUUGAAUCCUCACAUAUCCACAACAGUUUCUUUUAGACUUUUCUGGUUUUGGUCCAUAUUGUAAUGAUGAAAAACAGAACUGUACCUGACUUUCUGACAAAAUCUGGUAUGUUGGUUCUGGUAGUAUAUAAAUAUAUGUACCAGUAAACCAAACAAAGGUCGGAUUUCUUUCAGGGCCACUGUAUUAGACUGCAUCACUUUAAGCUACGUGUGUCGACCUAACAAACUGGCAACUGAGUUUAUUCUUGUUAGUCACCAUCAUGCCAUUGGGCCUUUUCCUCUUGGUAGAUGGAGGGCACAUGUUGUCACCCAGUGGCUUUAAAUGUGCAAUAUGAAGGAAUUUCAGCUGAAAGCCUUAAAACAAAUGAACUAAAAUGAUCUACAGAAAAUUAGGAAAUAACAGCUUUGACGUUUGUCAUCUAUGUAUUGUUCUGCAGCUACACUUAGCGGUUGAUCUGGACAGAUGCUGCUAUGGACUGUUCUUACAUACUGCACCUUUAAUACGUCCAUUAAAGCUGGUGAUUCCAGCUGUGCAUGUAGGACUGUAUAUAAGAGAUACUAUAGGAGUCAAAAUGAUCCAUUUCAGUCCGCAGGUAUUUAGGGGUCUUGUAGUGCAGAGACGUAACUUGUAAAAUGUCCUGUGCGAUAUGAAGGCUGCCAUCUCUGAGAGAAGUCUUUGUUUGUGUCAGAGCGGAGCCUGAAUGGAGCCUUUUAAUCCUGGUCGUACAGGGAGCGCUUGAAAGUGAGAGGGCCCUCCUAAACUUGGGUCAGUCUAACCAGGCAGUCUGCUUCUCAAAUGUUUAAUCCUCAUUCGAGGACCUUUUCUUCACAUCAUUUCAGCUCCCAUCUCAAGAAAAGGACAGAACGGAAGCUGUUGCACACUGUUUUAAAUCAACAUGGCGAUGAUUUUGAAGGAAAUUAAAAGAUUUUAUGUUUUAUA